AUGAUGAUGAAGCAGCUACGUUCUUCGUGCAGCGCGGAUCAUCCGCUUGCGCGCCGUGCCCAACUCAGGCUCCGCCUCCUUCUCCAGAGGCGAACUGUUUGCGCGUCACCCAAUAAAACGGCGUCGCUGUCUCCGGUCCUUGCAGCUUCACAACAAGGGCGAAUAACCUCGGUUUUUCUCAAUAUGACGCGCGAUUUCAGCGCCACAGCCACCGUGUCCUCGAGUACUGCCUCUAGCGCAGUGCCGUUUCAUCUUGGCACCUCGCAGUCGUCUUCGAGUCUGAAUGCGGCACACUAUGCACUGGGAGGCGCAGCGCUCGCAGCAGGUUUGGCGGUGGUGACUGCAAUGCUUUCAGACGCGAUUCAUGCCGACGAGGCACCCGUACGGCCGUACCACCCGGAGGGAGAAAGGUGCCGAUAUUUUGCCAAGUUUUAGUGCAGUUCGUUGCAGGGAGCUAGACGAACCGCUUGAAAACGCCGAGCGAGCGCGUCUAUUUGAGAAAUGUCUAUGCUUAGCCUGCUAGGCUUAAGCUUAUCUCUACCCAUUACAAAUACGUAAAUGAAAUUUAGAUACGGCGACGACUACUCUGGGCGUGUGCGCGCGAUGCGGGAGGUGAUCGAUCCGCGUCUCCUACUGACGUCGGAGGCCGAGCUGCGCGCCGCGCUUUCCCUUCUGGCGGGCUGGAAACCUGGAAGAAACUACUCUGACGCCGAGAACGACGCUUUCUGGCAGGCGAAACAGCUGGUGAAGAGCAUGGUGCACCCUGUGACGCAGGAGGUGAUGUUCUUGCCCGGCCGCAUGUCCGCGUUCGUGCCCGUAAACGCACCCACCGCGAUGGGGAUGCUGCUCCACGGGCCGACGGGUCCCGCGGCCGCCGCGUUCUGGCAGUUCAUGAACCAGACGGGCAACGCCAUGACCAAUUACGUGAACCGGUCGGGCGCCACCGUGGACACGUCCGCCCUGUUCAUGAGUUUCGCGUCCGCCUGCACGGUGUCCGUCACGGUUGCGCUCGGGAUGGGCAGACUCGUGGCGCGGAAUCCGGCGCUGAAAAACCUCGGCUUGUUCGUCCCCUAUGUCAGCGUCUGCAUGGCGUCCAUGGCCAACCUGUUCUUGACCAGAUUUGAAGAGUGGACCAACGGCGUGCCGGUCUACGACCAGGACGGGCAGCAGCUCGGCGUCAGCGCGAAGGCCGGCUUCGAGGGCGUGUGGCAAACGGUCACCACGCGCGGUUGGGUCACGCCACUCCCGAUCCUCGUGCUGCCGCCUGUCCUGAUCAUGGCUGUACGCCGGGUGGUUGCAAACAAAACCGUGUUGCUGGUAUCUUCUAUUGGAAUACUAGUAAGUACUGUAUGCGUUGUUGGUUGGAAAUCAUGUGUUUGUGGUGCGACUUCUUUGUAGGAGCGACGAUCGACAAUGAUACAUAUUAAUACAUAGAUUGAAAACUUGUUUGGCUGUUUUUCUUUUCCAUCUUCAACAUCUCAUCUGUGUUCUUUCGGGCUGUGUCUGAUAGAUUAGGGACGCAAAAAUUGAACAGGCCACCGAAAUUUCGAUGAUCAUCGGGUGUAUGUACUACUUCUUGCCGUUCACGCUAGCGCUGCAGCCACAACGGAUGACAUUAAAGCCGGAGGACUUGGAGGAACGGUUUCAGGGUUUGAAAACCAAGAGUGGUGAGCCCAUAACGCAAAUAUUUGCCAACAAAGGCCUUUAAAACAUCGUUCGGAAGAAUAAACGGACGAGCGACUUCUACUUUCGUCAUACUUACAAAUGUAUGAAGCAGCAAACAAAGUUCUUGGCAGCUUCUUGGCGCGGAUUGCGCACCCACGACCAGUGUCCUAAUAGCGCCGUCCUGUGUAAUAUUUAUCACCAACGUCGGCGGCGAAAACAUCAUUUGCGGUUCUACAUGAGCUUGGGCUUUGUCGGGCGUAGUUUGUCUCAUCUUCGCGAGCAGCUUCUCACCUGAGUGCACAGCACUGCGUGAUCGACAGCAGCUAGGACGAAGAAUGGUGCAGAUAGAAAAAGGCCUCCAAUGCCUUCGCUGGCAGGCGGCGAUUAUAGUGCACAGAGAAGAAAUAGAAAUAGUGAUACGCACGAGUGCAUUCUUUCGGCUUCUUCUAUGCGAUAAGAGUCAUCUUCGUUGCAGAAUGAAGCAAAUGCACUUUUAGAAGAAACUGAAACUGUAUGGUUCCUGGUGAUAGAAAAUGUCACCAGAUGGUUUUGGCCGUUUUUGAAGAAACGAACUAGCAGAAGAACGAAGCAUCAAAAGAACAAAUUUUGCUGAACAUGGUUCUUUGGUGUUGCUCCCUCUUGACAAAUUUGUAAACAUGACGAACUUUUUUAGUCUCCUUGUGUAUGAUACCACCGACUUUUUAUGAACCUGAAGAGAUGGUCGCGCGGAGCCGGACGAAGCCCUAUCAUGCAAUGCCGCCAGGUGACAUUAUCUGUAAUUUUUUUCUGUGUUUGAAUGAUGAACUACGAACAUCACAAACCGUAACCGACUCCUCGUUUUAUGGGAUCGUUUCUUGCAACACGAAGUCCAAAAAUGAAAUAUGUCUCCCCGAAUCCCC